GCUCCAGCACAAAAUCAUUGAAUUUCAAACCACCAAUUUCUCAGUCGCACACAUAGAAACCUUUCCCCCAUCCCAAUCAAAUCUCAAUACACAACUGCGAACUUCUCGAUACGCAAAAGAAAAAUGGAUUCCUCAUCUCUUCAACAAACACCGGAUCUCUCCAAGUUGUCGGAUAGAGACAAGCAGGAAUUGCAACAGUUUAUUGUCAAUGAGACUCAGAAGGCUAGGAUUCAACAGUCCGUUCACUCCCUGACCGACGUGUGCUGGAAGAAGUGCGUAACGGGCAGUAUCCGCAGCGGCAAGCUGGAUAAGAGUGAGGAGAGCUGCACGAUGAAUUGCGUAGAGAGAUUUUUGGAUAGUAGUAUGGCGGUGAUUACGCAUUUGAAUACGAUGAGGACGAAUGGGGGGGCUUAGGUUGGAUGUUGCAUGGGGUGUUGAGUUUGGGGAGGAGGAGGGGAGGGGAUGUAUGAUUACGAGGGUGAUGGGAUGGGAUGGGAUGGGGUGAGGGGAAAAGUCGGUGUUGGGAUAGAUAUGUAUAUUCUCCUCUACUUGUUUAUAGUAUCACAAGUUGAGGGAGGGGGGUGCAGUGGUACACGGGGUAUGUGGAUUAAAUGAGGCAUGCAUGAGUGGUGUCUUUUGUAUGAAUAGAAUUCUAGGCGGAUAUGCUAUGUGAUAUGGGAUCAAUGAGUAACA